UGGAGCUGCCCACCUGAGGACCCAACAUCUGGGCCCGAAGACCAGAGACCUAGCCCCAGUCCCACAGCCUGGUGAAAUCAGAGUCCCAGUGCCUGCCUCAGUCUCCCUGGCUGUGAAAGCCUCUGGCCACCCAGACAGCGACAGCAUGCAGUCCCCUGAGAGCGGCGUUCACUACAGCAGAUGGGAUGACAGCAGCCGGGAUGAGGUCAGCGUGGCGGCCAUGUCCAGCACAGAGGAGGCCUCGUGCUGCCAGAGGCUCUCCCGGAAGCUGUGCACCGGCAGGUUGGGCAUCGCCAUGAAGGUGCUGGGCGGAGUGGCCCUCUUCUGGGUCAUCUUCAUCCUGGGCUAUGUCACCGGCUACUACGUGCACAAGUGCAAAUAAGGGCCGCCUGGUGUGCACAUGUUAGGUGGCUGCACGUGCUCAGAGGGACACCUCCGUAUACACGGACUCACCUUAUACACAGAUGGUCCCAUAUACAGACUCUCCAUAUACAGGGAGCCUGGUAUACACAGACCCCUAUAACACAGAUUCCCCCAUAUACAAAGACCCCCUAUGUACAGACUCCAUAUACAUGGAUGCCCAUAUACCGAUCCCCUCAUA